AUGGCUUCCGUUCAGAAGCUCGAGUCGCAGAUGCAAGAUAUUUCCAGAAAACAACACCCUCCACAAAAGGGAGGACUUCCUAGUGACACUAUUCUGAAUCCGAAGAAUGGGGGAGGUGGUGUAGACCGUGUUUAUGCUCUCAGUAAUCGGAGUGGUAAAAUACUCCAAAAUGCUGAAAAGAAGGUUGAUAAUGUUCCAGUAAGUUCUAAAAAGCAUGAACGUAGCACUGACAUUAGCAAGUCAACAGUUAAAGGGACUUUUCAUCCUUUAACUCAAUUAUUGAAAGCCACACCUCCCUUUCCUCAGAGAUUGGCAAAGAAGACCGAAGAUGCUAAAUGUCAGAGGUUCUAUGAUCAGUUGAAGCAGUUUUCCAUGAACAUCCCUUUUCUUGAUGCCUUUCAAAAGAUGCCAAGGUUUGCCAAAUAUUUGAAGGAGUUGUUGACUAAGAAGAAACAUAUCAAGCAUGACACUCAUCAUUUUGCUCGCGAUUUAUGUGAUAACGGGGCUAGCAUAAAUCUCAUGCCUCUUGCUAUCUAUAGGCCAUUGGGUUUGGAAAUGCCUAGACCUACCACUGUGCAAUUGCAGAUGGCUGAUAGAUCUGUUAAAAAGCCAGUUGGAGUUAUGGAUGAUGUGAUUUUUAGGGUUGGUGAAUUCUUGUUGCCUGUUGAGUUUGUAAUCCUUGAUUGUAUUGUUGAUAGGGAUAUUCCUAUUAUCUUGGGAAGACCUUUCCUUUCUAUAGGAAAGGCUUUUAUGGAUUCUGAAAAGAAUGAAAUCAAAUUUUGA